AUGUCCUCACUUUUUCUUGGGAGUCUGGUUAUUUUAUUGAUGUUUGCUGCAUCAUACAGUGAAGAUGGAGGACUUGCGCUGCAGAGGCAAAAAAGAAAUACUGACCUCCAACAGCCUCGAAUGACUGCAGAGAGGGGAAACUUGGUGUUUCUUACUGGAUCAGCUCAAAACAUUGAAUUUAGAACUGGAUCCCUGGGGAGAAUUAAAUUAAAUGAUGAGGAUGUCGGCGAGUGUUUCCAUCAGAUCCAGAAAAACAAAGAUGAUAUUACAAACUUAAAAAGAAGUAUAGUCGGUCUACCUCAAAAUAUUUCUAAUCAAAUCCAUCAGCUUGAUUCCAAGCUUGUGGAUCUUGAGAGAAAAUUCCAAAGCUUACAGCAGACACUGGACAGAAAAGUUUGCAGCAGCAAUCCCUGCCAGCAUGGGGGAACCUGCCUCAACCUCCCUGAUUCCUUUUUUUGUAUGUGUCCCUCACAGUGGAAGGGUCCUCUGUGUUCUGUUGAUGUUAAUGAAUGUGAGAUCUACUCAGGGACACCCUUGGGCUGCCAGAAUGGAGCCACAUGUAUAAACACAGCAGGGAGUUACAGUUGUCUCUGCUCACCUGAGACCCACGGCCCCCAGUGUGCAUCCAAAUAUGAUGACUGUGAGGGGGGUUCCAAGGCACGCUGCGUCCACGGCAUCUGCGAGGAUCUGGUCCGAGUGAAGGCUGGAGAGCCCGAGUACAGCUGCAUCUGUGAUGCUGGGUGGAAGGCCCCGUCGAACAGCACGGCCUGUACACUGGACAUAGAUGAGUGCAACCUCUGGCCUGCACCUUGCUCAGAACAUGUGCAGUGUUUCAACACCCCAGGCUCCUUCUAUUGUGGGGCCUGCCCCACAGGCUGGCAAGGAAAUGGAUACGUUUGCGAAGAUAUCAAUGAAUGUGAGAUAAACAAUGGCGGAUGUUCUGUGGCUCCACUUGUGGAGUGUAUAAAUACAGCUGGUUCUUACCGCUGUCAUCCAUGUCCACCAGGGUAUCAGGGCGAUGGGAGAGUCUGCACGCUCAUAGACAGCUGCUCGGUCAAUAACGGAGGCUGCCACCCACAGGCAUCAUGCUCCUCGGCUCUAGGUUCCUUACCUCUUUGCACUUGUCUUCCGGGAUAUACUGGAAAUGGUUAUGGGCCAAAGGGAUGUGUGCAACUCAGUAAUAUGUGCCUGAGUCAGCCCUGUGUAAAUGGACAAUGCAUUGAAACAGUCUCUGCUUAUGUUUGUGAGUGUGAAUCGGGCUGGACUGGUGUCAACUGCACAGAAAAUAUCAAUGAGUGUCUGAGCAACCCCUGUCUGAAUGGGGGAACCUGUGUGGACGGCGUUAAUGCUUUCAGUUGUGAAUGCACACAUUUCUGGACUGGAUUUCUCUGUCACAUUCCCCAGGAAGUGUGUGGAGAGUCCCUCUCGGGGAUGAACGGAAGCUUCAGCUUCGUGAGCCCUGAUGUUGCUUAUGCUCAUGACAUUAACUGCUUCUGGGUUAUCCAAACUGAAGAGGGAAAGGUACUGCGGAUCACUUUCACUUUUUUUCAGUUAGAACCCACAAACAACUGUCCACACGAGUUUCUUCAGAUUCACGAUGGAGAUUCCUCUGCAGCACAUCAGCUCGGACGAUUCUGUGGCUCCAACCCCCCUCACGAGCUCCUCAGUAGUGAUAACGCCCUCUAUUUUCAUCUCUAUUCUGAACAUUUAAGGAGUGAAAGAGGCUUUACGAUAAGAUGGGAAACACAGCUACCAGAGUGCGGAGGUAUGCUGACUGGAACUUACGGUUCUAUUAAGUCUCCGGGGUAUCCUGGAAAGUAUCCACCAGGAAGAGAUUGUGUCUGGAGGGUGAUAACUAGUCCUGACCUCCUGAUCACAUUUACUUUUGGGACCUUAAGCCUGGAGCACCACGAUGACUGUAGCAAAGAUUAUCUUGAGAUUCGAGAUGGUCCUUUGCAUCAGGACCCUGUUCUUGGGAAAUUCUGCACCACUCUCUCUGCACCCCCACUCCAGACUACGGGUCCCUUUGCCAGGAUUCAUUUCCAUUCUGACAACCAGAUUAAUGACCAAGGGUUUCUUAUCACCUACUUGACAUCACCUUCGGAUCUACAGUGUGGAGGGAACUACACAGACCCAGAGGGUCUUCUCUCUGCCGACUUGUCUGGACCUUUCAUGCAUGACAGACAAUGCGUCUACACCAUAAAGCAGCCCCCAGGAGAGCAAAUACAGGUCAACUUCACCCUUGUGGAGCUGGAAGGCCAAAGUGGCUGUUCUCAGAGUUACAUUGAGGUUCGAGAUGAUCAAACCUUACUUGGAAAAGUCUGUGGCAAUGAAACCCUCUCUCACAUGAAAUCCAUUACUAACAGUAUCUGGAUCAGGCUUAAAAUGGAUGCUUCUGUUGUCAGAGCUAGUUUCAGUGCUAUUUAUCAAGUGGCUUGUGGAGGAGAAUUAACUGGAGAAGGGAUCAUUCGCUCGCCCUUUUACCCUAAUGUGUAUCCAGGAGAAAAGGUCUGUGUGUGGACCAUCCUCCAACCCCAAAGUCAAGUGGUUCUUCUCAACUUCACUGCCUUUGACAUGGGAGGUUCUGCCCACUGUGAUACAGAUUAUAUCGAGAUUGGUAGCAGUUCCAUUUUGGGUUCUACUGAAAAUGAAAAGCAUUGUGGCACAGACAUCCCUUCGUUUAUAACAUCCGUCUACAAUUCUCUUCAUGUCAUAUUCGUGAAAAGUUCUUCUACUGAAAACCAUGGUUUCGUGGCUAAAUUUAGCAGUGCAACUUUGGUGUGUGGAAAAGUUCUUACAGAGUCAACCGGAAGCAUUCAAAGUCCUGGCCAUCCAAAUAUCUACCCCCAUGGCAUCAGUUGUACCUGGCAUAUCAUAGUCCAGCCUGGUCACCUGAUUCAUCUAACAUUCAGAGAAUUUCAUCUGGAGUUUCAUUACAAUUGUACAAAGGACUAUCUAGAAGUUUAUGACACUGGUUCUCAGACAUCUCUUGGGAGAUAUUGUGGAAAAUCCAUCCCGCCCUCUCUUACCAGUAGUGACAAUUCAUUAAUGCUUACAUUUGUGGCUGACUCUGACCUUGCUUAUGAAGGCUUUCUAAUAAACUAUGAAGCAACUGAUGCAUCAGCAGCAUGCUUGAAUGACUAUACAGAAGAAUCUGGGACUUUCACUUCUCCAAACUUCCCCCAUAUUUACCCCAACAACUUGGAAUGCAUUUAUAGGAUCACAGUGGAAAGCGGCCAACAGAUUGCAUUACACUUCACAAACUUCUCCUUGGAGGAGGCCAUUGGUAGCACAUGUGUAGCAGAUUAUGUGGAAAUCAGGAAUGGAGGCUAUGAAAGUUCACCACUCCUGGGGCAAUACUGUGGCUCAAAUUCACCUCCAAGAAUCAUCUCCCAUAGUAACAAGUUAUGGUUAAAAUUUAAGAGUGACUUCUUUGGCUCUGGGCUUGGAUUCUCGGCUUACUGGGAUGGGUCCUUAACAGGCUGUGGGGGCAACCUCACCACGUCCACCGGCACGUUCACGUCCCCCAACUACCCGAUGCCCUACUACCACAGCUCCGAGUGCUCCUGGCGGCUGAAGGCCAGCCACGGCAGCCCGUUCCUGCUGGAGUUUGAAGACUUCCAUUUGGAGUAUCAUCCAAACUGUAGUCAAGACUAUCUGGCUGUAUAUGAUGGGUCAAGUACCAGCUCUCAUCUGCUAACUCAGCUUUGUGGAAAUGAGAUACCACCUGUCAUCCGUUCCAGUGGAGACAGCAUGUCUUUAAAACUGAGAACAGAUGAAGGCCAGCAAGGAGGUGGCUUCCUGGUUAAAUACCAGCAGACAUGUGAUAACGUGGUGAUUGUGAAUCAAACCUAUGGCAUCUUAGAGAGUAUACAUUAUCCAAAUCCCUAUCCUGUCAACCAGCGUUGCAACUGGACCAUCCAAGCAACAACUGGAAACACUGUGAAUUAUACAUUUUUAGCAUUUGAAUUGGAAUAUUACACAAACUGCUCCACUGACUACUUAGAGCUCUAUGAUGGCCCACAGCGGAUGAAGCGCUUCUGUGGAACAGACAUUCCACCUUCAGGGAGCACCACUGGCUCCACGUUUCAUGUGCUGUUUUAUACGGAUGGAGUUGGUCACCAAGAGAAAGGAUUUCAGAUGCGGUGGUUCGUCCAAGGUUGUGGUGGAGAGCUGUCCGGGGACACGGGUUCCUUCAGUAGCCCUGGGUACCCUAACAGGUACCCUGCCAACAAGGAGUGUAUCUGGUACAUUCACACAGCCGCUGGGAGUAGCAUUCAGCUCACCAUCCACGACUUUGAUGUGGAGUAUCAUGCAACCUGCAACUUUGACACCCUGGAGAUCUAUGGAGGUCCUGAUUUCCACUCACCCAGGAUAGCCCAGCUGUGUGUGCAAAGAUCUUCUGAGAAUCCCAUGCAGGUCUCCAGCACUGGAAAUGAGCUGGCCAUCCGAUUUAAGACUGACGGGUCCAUAAAUGGGAGAGGCUUCAAUGUCUCAUGGAGAGCAGUCCCUGGAGGUUGUGGUGGCAUUUUUCAGGCUCCCAGUGGAGAAAUUCAUUCUCCAAAUUACCCCAGUCCUUAUAGGAGCAACACUGACUGUACUUGGGUCAUUCAAGUGGAAAAACAUCACCGUGUUCUCUUGAACUUCACUGACUUUGACCUUGAACCUCAGGACUCUUGUAUUUUGGCAUUUGAUGGUGUAAGCUCUGCAACUGCCCGCCUUGCCGGUGUGUGUGGAAGACAGCAACUGAGGAACCCCAUCAUAUCUUCCGGAAACAGCCUCUUCUUGCGAUUUCAGUCUGGCCCUUCCAGACAGAGCCGGGGGUUUCGUGCUCACUUCAGACAAGGCAAGUUCCCCUGUGGCAGCCACAUCCUCACUGACUCCGUUGACACUAUAUCCUCUCCACUGUUCCCAAACAACUAUCCGAAAAAUCAGAACUGCAGCUGGAUAAUUCAGGCUCAGCCUCCCUUCAGUCAUAUCACCCUAUCCUUCAGCCACUUUAGCCUUGAAAGCAGCACACCAUGUACCCGAGAUUUUGUAGAGGUGUUGGACGGCAGCCACGACGACGCACCCCUCCGCGGCCGAUACUGUGGCCGCUCCAUGCCCCAUCCUAUCACUUCCUUCAGCAAUGCUCUGACGCUGAAGUUCAUCUCAGAUUCUACAGUGAGUUCUGGUGGUUUCCAUGCCACAUAUGCUGCAUCCACGUCAGCUUGUGGUGGAAUAUUCCACAUGGCUGAAGGCAUCUUCAACAGUCCUGGCUACCCAGAAGUUUAUCCUGCUAAUGUGGAAUGUGUCUGGAACGUCGUCAGUUCCCCUGGCAACCAGCUCCAGCUGUCUUUUAUAGCCUUCCAGUUGGAGGAGUCUCAGGACUGCAGCAGAGAUUUUGUGGAGGUCCGGGAAGGGAACGCCACUGGGCGCCUGGUGGGACGAUACUGUGGAAACGCCCUCCCCCUCAAUUAUUCAUCCACUGUUGGGCACAUUCUGUGGAUCAGAUUUGUCUCUGAUGGCUCCGGCAGUGGCGUGGGCUUCCAGGCUGCAUUUGCCAGCAUAUUUGGCAAUGAUAACAUUGUGGGAACUCAUGGGAAAAUUGCCUCUCCCUUGUGGCCUGGAAAUUACCCCCACAACUCCAAUUACCAGUGGAUAGUGAAUGUGGAAGAAUCUCAGGUUGUUCAUGCCAGAAUCUUGGAGAUGGACAUGGAGGGCACACUUAACUGCUAUUAUGACAAAUUGAAGAUUUACGAUGGGGCUGGCAUUCACUCCCGCCUGGUUGGAACCUACUGUGGUACCCAAACUGACUCUUUGAGCUCCACUGGAAGUUCUCUGACAUUUCAGUUUUCUUCUGACUCUUCGAUCUCAGGGAGAGGAUUCCUUUUGGAGUGGUUUGCAAUGAAUGCCUCUGUUGGACCUUUACCUACCAUUGCGACAGGUGCUUGUGGUGGGUUCCUGCAGACAGGAGAGGCUCCAGUCUUUCUUUACUCCCCAGGCUGGCCUGAAAGCUACAGUAAUGGCGCCAACUGUAUGUGGCUCAUCCAGGCUCCAGAUUCUACUGUGGAACUCAACAUCCUUUCCUUGGACAUUGAAUCUCAUAGCACAUGCAGCUAUGAUAAACUUGUGAUAAGAGAUGGAGACAACAGCAUGGCCCAGGAGCUAGCCGUUCUCUGUGGCAGAGAGGUCCCUGGACCCAUCCGGUCAACUGGAGAGUACAUGGUGAUCCACUUCACCUCGGACUUCAGUGUAACUGGGGCAGGCUUUAACGCAUCCUUCCACAAGAGUUGUGGUGGAUACUUGCAUGCAGACCGGGGGAUUAUCACAUCACCCAGGUACCCCGAGACCUACACACCCAAUCUCAACUGCUCUUGGCACGUCCAGGUCCAGAGUGGCUUGACCAUUGCUGUCCACUUUGAACAGCCCUUCCAGAUUCCAAACAGAGACUCCUCUUGCAACCAGGGGGAUUACUUGGUGCUCAAAAAUGGACCUGAUCUUUCUUCUCCACCCUUGGGUCCCCAUGGAGGAAAUGGUCGUUUUUGUGGCAGUCACCCUUCGUCCACUCUGUUCACUUCGGAUAAUCAAAUGUUUGUUCAGUUUAUUUCUGAUAAUAGUAAUGAAGGGCAAGGAUUUAAGAUCACAUACGAGGCAAAGAGUUUGGCCUGUGGGGGCAAUAUUUACAUCCAUAAUGCUGAUUCUACUGGAUACGUAACCUCCCCCAACCAUCCUGACCAUUAUCCCCAGCACGCUGACUGUAUUUGGCUUAUAGCUGCUCCUCCCGGGAAACUCAUACGGCUGCAGUUUGAAGGCCAGUUCAGCAUCGAAGUAACACCCAACUGUACGUCCAGUUACCUUGAGUUGCGAGAUGGAGCUGAUUCAAACGCACCAAUACUUUCCAAGUUUUGUGGGACAUCUCUGCCCAUCAGUCAGUUGUCCUCAGGAGAGGUGAUGUAUUUGAGAUUCCAGUCUGACAACAGCCCCACUCAUGUGGGAUUCAAAGCCAAGUAUUCUAUAGCCCCAUGUGGGGGAACAGUGACAGGGCAAAGUGGUGUCAUUGAGAGCAACGGAUACCCAACACAGCCAUACACAGAUGACUUAUUCUGUGAGUGGCGUCUCCGGGGACCCAUGGGACACUAUCUCACCAUCCACUUUGAAGACUUUAACCUUCAGAAUUCGUCUGGUUGUGAACGAGACUUUGUGGAAAUCUGGGAAAACCAUACAUCUGGUACCUUAUUGGGCAGAUAUUGUGGAAGCAGCAUUCCCAACAGCAUAGACACUUCCAGCAACAUUGCUUUGGUCAGGUUUGUCACAGAUGACUCUCUCUCUGCCUCAGGAUUCAGACUACGGUUUGACUCCAGCUUGGAAGCAUGUGGUGGGGAUCUCCAGGCCCCCUCUGGAACAUUCACUUCUCCCAACUACUGGAACCCUAACCCUCAUGGCUGGAUGUGUGAGUGGAGAAUCACUGUGCAGGAAGGGAGGCAGGUCACCCUCACCUUUAACAGCCUGAGGCUGGAAGCCCAUCCAUUCUGCAGCAGUGAGCAUGUAACAGUAUUUAAUGGCAUUAGAAGUAACUCACCCCAGCUGGAGAAACUGUGCAGUAGCGUUAAUGGCAGCAAUGAGAUCGAAUCUUCAGGAAAUACAAUGAAGGUCGUUUAUUUCACAGAUGGGUCCAGGCCGUACGGCGGCUUCACUGCCUCCUACACAUCCAGUGAAGAUGCAGUGUGUGGUGGGUCCCUUACAAGUUCCCGUGAAGGAAACUUUACUUCUCCUGGCUUUGACGGAGUCAGUAAUUAUUCAAGAAACCUAAACUGCGAAUGGACGCUCAGCAACCCCAAUCAGGACAACUCCUCCAUUUACAUUCAUUUUGAGGAUUUUUAUCUAGAAAGUCACCAAGACUGUCAAUCUGAUGUCCUUGAGUUCCGAGUGGGUAAUGCUGAUGGGCUUCUGAUAUGGAGACUUUGUGGAUCUUCAAAACCUAGAAUGCCAUUGGUUAUACCUUAUCCACAGGUAUGGAUACACUUUGUCACCAAUGAGCGUGUAGAACAUGUUGGAUUCCAUGCACAGUAUUCUUUUACAGACUGUGGUGGAAUACAGAUAGGUGACAGUGGGGUGAUCUCAAGCCCCAACUAUCCAGCUGCCUACGACAGCCUGACCCACUGUUCUUGGCUAUUGGAAGCCCCACAAGGCCACACCAUCAAUCUGACAUUCUGUGAUUUUGACAUUGAAGCCCAUGAAAACUGUGCCUGGGACUCGAUCACUGUGAGGAACGGUGGUUCUCCUGGAUCACCCAUCAUAGGACACUACUGUGGAAUUUUAAACCCAGGGACAAUCCAGUCAGGUUCCAACCAGCUGGUGGUGAUUUUUAAUACAGACCAUUCGAUACAGCACGGUGGAUUUUAUGCUACAUGGAGCUCAGAGACUUCAGGUUGUGGUGGAGUACUUCAUUCGAACAAUGGUACAAUCAGAUCCCCUCACUGGCCUCAGAAUUUUCCCGAGAACAGCAGAUGUUCCUGGACAGUCAUUACACACCAAAGUAAACACUUGGAGAUCAGCUUUGACAACAACUUCCUCAUCCCCAGUGGGGAUGGACAGUGUCAGAACAGCUUUGUGAAGGUGUGGGCCGACACUCAGGAGUCCAGCCAGACCCUGUUAGCCACGAGCUGCGGGAACGUGGCCCCGGGGCCCAUCACCACGCCCAGAAACGUCUUCACUGCCGUGUUCCAGUCGCAGGAGGCCCCGGCUCAGGGCUUCUCUGCUUCCUUCGUGAGCCGAUGUGGGAGGAAUUUCACUAGCCCUUCAGGUUAUAUCGUUUCUCCAAACUACCCAAAGCAAUAUGACAACAAUAUGAACUGCACCUACAUCAUAGAAGCCAGUCCUCUGUCCGUGAUCCUCUUGACUUUGGUGUCUUUCCGUCUGGAAGCUCACUCCGCAGUAACGGGAAGCUGUGUCAAUGACGGCGUGCACAUCAUCAGGGGUUACAACUUGUCUUCCACGCCUUUAGCGACCCUGUGUGGGGAGGACAACCUGUCCCCUCUCACCAUCUCUGGUCCAGUGCUGCUGAAUUUCUACUCGAACGCACACACCACAGACUUGGGAUUCAAGUUUUCCUAUAGGAUAACUUCCUGCGGUGGUGUGUUCAAUCUCUCCACUGGAGUCAUCAAGAGUCCUUCGUAUACCUAUUCCAACUACCCUGACAACAUGCACUGUCUUUACACCAUCACUGUCAGGAGCGACAGAGUCAUCCAGCUCAAGUUCAAUGAUUUUGAUGUUGUUCCCUCGGCUUCCUGCUCUGAAGACUACUUGGCAGUUUAUGAUGGUUCUAACAUCAGUGAUCCCCUUCUUGGCCAAUUCUGUGGCUCCAACCUUCCACCAAGUAUUAAGAGCAGCAAUAAUAGUAUGUUCCUGGUGUUCAAGACAGAUUCAAUUCAAACAGCAAGAGGUUGGAGGAUAACUUUCCGGCAGACAUUGGGGCCUCAGCAAGGAUGUGGUGGUUAUCUGACAGGUUCAGAUCAUACCUUUGCUUCCCCUGAUUCUGAUUCUAAUGGGAGGUAUGACAAGAAUUUAAAUUGUGUGUGGUUCAUCACUGCCCCCGUGAACAAGCUCAUCAAACUCACCUUCCAUACAUUUGCUCUGGAGGCAGCAACUACUUUGCGAAGAUGCAUUUAUGAUUAUGUCAAGUUAUAUGAUGGGGACAGUGAAAAUGCCAACUUGGCUGGAACAUUCUGUGGUUCCACCGUACCUGCCCCCUUUAUCUCUUCUGGAAAUUUCCUUAUAGUUCAAUUUGUCAGUGACCUGAGUUUAGAAAGAGAAGGAUUUAAUGCUACAUAUACCAUCAUGGACAUGCCUUGUGGCGGAACAUUUAAUGCAACUCGGACCCCACAAAGUAUUUCAUCACCCAAUUCAUCAGACCCAGAUGUCCCCCUUGCCACCUGUACUUGGGUCAUUGAAGCUCCCCAACAUCAGCAGGUCGAGAUAACUGUGUGGGCAUUUCAACUGCACUCUCAAGACUGCAACCAGAACUACUUAGAGUUUCAGGACCCACUGGAGAGUAAUGGAAAUCCAGGAAUUCGCUUCUGCAGUGGAAAUGUGUCAGCCGUGCCCACGUUUUACUCCUCUAUGAGCACCGCGGUCAUCGUUUUCAAAUCAGAAGUUUUCAAUAUAAACUCUAGAGUGGGUUUUACCUAUCAGAUUGCAGAUUGCAAUCGGGAAUAUAAGAAGGCAUUUGGCAACCUGCGGAGUCCUGGCUGGCCAAGUGACUAUACCAGUGACGUGGACUGCACAACUGUGCUCACAGCCCCCCACAACCACACCAUCUCCCUCUUCUUUCACUCAUUUGGCCUUGAGGACUCAAGUGGCUGCACACACGACUUAUUGGAGGUCAGAAAUGGAAGUGAGAGCAGUUCGCCGUUACUGGGCACAUAUUGUGGGACUCUGCUGCCAAAUCCCAUUUUCUCCCAGAAUCAUGAACUAUACCUUCGAUUUAAGAGUGAUGGUGCAACUUCUGGUCGUGGAUAUGAAAUUAUCUGGACCUCUUCACCCUCCGGCUGUGGUGGGACUCUUUAUGGAGACAGCGGCUCGGUCACCAGCCCUGGCUAUCCGGGCACUUACCCAAACAAUACUCACUGUGAAUGGGCCAUCCUUGCUCCUGCUGGAAGACCGGUCACCGUCAGCUUUUACUUCAUCAGCAUCGACGAUCCCGGAGAAUGUGUCCAGAACUACCUCCUGCUCUAUGAUGGACCUGAUGCUAAUUCUCCAUCCUCUGGGCCCUAUUGUGGGGCAGACACUGAUAUAGCUCCCUUUGUGGCCUCAUCACAUCGUGUCUUCAUAAAAUUUCACGCGGAGUAUGCAACCCGACCAUCAGCGCUCCGGUUAACCUGGGCCAGCUAG